AUGGACGGACCUCCACCGCCGCCGCCUCCUCACGGGGAGAAACCCAGCACCACCCAAGGCGAAUAUCGGAAGUCGUCAGACCUCCCCCCCGGAAACUACGAUAUCUUCAUCAUCCCGCCCCAUUCCUCGGGUUCCGGGUUCCUCUACCUGCCCUCUUUGCAAUGUCAUCGCAACAGCUUUAUCGCCGGUUCGGUAUGCACACUGUUCGUGGUUUUGCUCUGGAUUACACUUGCCCCUCUCGUGAAGACCUGGUACGCCGCUACAAUUGCAAGUGGAAGCGGAACUGGCAUGGCUGUUCUCGCCAUUGGGGUCGGUAUUGCGGGAUGGGCGUUUGGGGUGUCCCAGGCGGACACGGGUGGCUCUCAGCAAGGCAGCCGUCCGGGACCUGGGGGUUUUGGAUCUGGUGGAUUUGGGACUGGAGGUGCUGGCGCCGGUGCGAGAUCCCAUCAGUCGUCCGGUGCCGGGACAGGCUACUCGAGAGGCGCGAAUUUUGGAGGCCAGUCCGAAGGACAACAGGGCAACUUUGGUGGAAACUUCGGCGGUCCUCCUCCUGGGAACCAGUACGCAGGGAACCAGUAUGGUGCCGGUGCUCCUCCCCCUCAUCCUCAACCUGACGCUGGUUCCGGACCAACCGACGGCGGUUCCGCUUCGAAUAAAAAUGAAAGCAAACCCCAAACUGGGCCGGACUGGGAGAAGGCCCGCGAAGAGACCAGGCGAAAGGAGGAGCUGCGUCGCAAGAUGCAGGAGUUCAAGCGGAAACGGGAGGCAGAAGCGCGAGAAAAGCAAAAACAACGGGAGCGUGAGGCAAUGGAGCGAGAACUGCGAGAGCGCCGAGAACAGCUGGAGAAAGAGAUGGCUGCCGCCCGGGAACAGGCUGCGAAUGAAGCACGAGAACAAGCCGCGAGAGCAGCCGCGGAAGCGCGAGCGAAGGCCGAGCGUGAGGCCGCUGAGGCGAAAGCGAGAAAGGAGCGAGCUGAACGAGAAGCCAGGGAAAAGGCUGAGCGGGAGGCCGCUGAGGCCAAAUCGAAAGCCGAGCGCGAGGCUGCAGAGGCAAAGGCCAAGGCAGAGAAAGAGGCCGCUGAGAAAGAGGCUGCAGCCAAAGCUGCGGCGAAGAAGGAAGCCGAUGCCAAGUUUGCAGCCCUCAAGGAGGCGGCCGCAAAGAAAUAUGCCGAGAAGAAGGCCAAAGACGCCCAGGAGGCGGCGGCCAAGGAAGCUGCGGCCGCGAAGGAGACAGCAUCCAAGGCGUCCAGCCAGAAAUCCGCCGGAGCGGGUUGGACUCCAUCACCCAAGAAGCCGCCCUUCCCCAAUGCGCGGACGGCCACUGCCACCAUGGCCCCCGAAGACGAUGCCUAUUCCUUUCGGCCCUACGACCGGCCCCGACGACCGUAUGCUGCUACGUCUAAAUCAUCCGUAUAUUCUGAGUCGUCCUAUGCUCCCUCUCAAUCGACCGCCCGAACCUCGCCCCCACCAUCCCAGCGAGGCCCAUAUUCCACCAAGGAUCCCGAUAAGAUCGUCAUCCGUGGCGUGUUCGCCUUUAACAACGCCUUUCCUCGUACUCCCGUGACGCAGUUGGUGUCAGGUCAGGGGAUGGUGACGGAUGGGUUGGUCCUCCGCAUCACCACGGAGGGACUCUUCAUUGACGACGACGUGCGAGGAGUACCUCAGCGGGAGUGGGAUGUCAAGGCGUGGACGAUGAAAUUGGCUGAGGUGUGGUGCCCCCAGUACCAGUCCCAAAAAAAGGAGCCGCCCAAACCCAGCAAUCUGUUCUUCCGUCGAGGCACGGGGGAGCCCACGGCGGAGGAGUCGGAUGCGUACCUGAAUAGUCUACUGAAGGUGUGCAAGAACACCUGCCGACUGGCCUCUCCCGCGUGUUUUAGUCGCAACGGCAGUGCCGUGGACAGUGAGACGCAAGGGCUGCAUGUGUUACGGGCCAGCAUCCGCGACCAGGAAGGGCGACGUUAUGUGUUCGUGCUGCCGGAAACCGAGGGAUGGAAGGUAGGCAUUGGCCUGCAGCGACUCCGGGGAGGCACGCAGGUGCGAGCGUUGGGGGUGACCAACAUGGCGGCCAACGAGAGCCGAACUAUCCUUGGACAUCUAAGCUUUGCAUGA